ACAACUCCGACCACAAAACCAAAAAAUCUUUACCUCCAAAACGCCAUCAAAUGUUCAACAACAUCCUUGUCAAGUUUAAGCACUCCUCGGGCAGAGGAAACUUUGGUCUUAAACGAAGACGACGAGAGGCCACUUUCCCAAAUCUGGAAGGAAAUUCAAGGCCUCCACGACUGGGAUGGACUGCUUGACCCCAUGAACUCCCAUCUCCGCCGCGAGAUCAUCCGCUACGGCGAAUUCGCUCAAGCCUGCUACGACUCUUUCGACUUCGAUCCACACUCCAAGUACUGCGGUUCUUGCAAAUACCAAGGAUCCCGUUUCUUCGAAAAGCUCGGGAUGGCCGACCGUGGCUACCAAAUCAGUCGAUACCUCUACGCCACAUCGGACAUCAACCUCCCCAACUUCUUCCAGAAAUCAAAACUGAGCAGCGUGUGGAGCACGCACGCUAACUGGAUGGGAUACGUGGCUGUAUGCACCGACGAAGACCAAGUCAAACGGUUGGGGCGACGAGAUGUCGUCGUUUCCUGGAGAGGAACAGUCACGUAUCUCGAAUGGAUUUAUGAUCUCAAAGACAUUCUUCAUUCCCCGAAUUUCACCGACGACCCUUCCAUUAAAAUGGAGUUAGGGUUUUAUGACUUGUACACCAAGAAAGAAUCAAAUUGUAACUAUUGCUCGUUCUCGGCUCGUGAACAAGUGUUAGCUGAGAUUAAAAGGCUUGUCGAGUACUACGAUGGGGAAGAACUUAGUAUUACAAUUACAGGGCACAGUCUCGGGGCAGCUUUGGCUAUAAUAACAGCUUAUGAUAUUGCAGAAUUAGGGCUUAAUCUUGUUAACGAUGGAGAGAAUACCGAUAAAAUACCGAUCACGGUGUACUCUUUUGCAGGCCCUCGAGUGGGAAAUCUUAAGUUUAAGGAAAGGUGUGAAGAGCUAGGAGUUAAGGUACUUAGAGUGAUAAAUGUACACGAUAAAGUACCGACGGUGCCGGGGAUUUUCGCCAACGAAAAGCUUCAGUUCCAAAAGUAUUUAGAAGAGACUAUUUCUUUUCCAUGGAGUUACGCACAUGUCGGCGUUGAACUUGCACUGGAUCACUCCCACAGCCCGUUUCUGAAGCCGACUAAUGAUCCCGGCUGCGCGCAUAAUCUCGAGGCUCAUUUGCACUUGCUCGACGGCUACCACGGAAAAGGGCGACGGUUCUGCUUGGCUAAUAAGAGGGACAUUGCGCUUGUUAACAAGGACUGCAACUUCUUGAAGAGGGAGUAUGGGGUGCCACCGCACUGGCGGCAGGACGAGAACAAAGGGAUGGUAAGGAACAGCGACGGGCGUUGGGUUUUGCCGGAGCGGCCGAGAGUGGAGGCUCAUCCAUAUGACAUCUCUCACCACCUUCAGAAAGUACUAAAGAUUGCUUCGGGUUCUUCUCAACUCAAAGGAGCACAAUAA